GUUGGCCUGGCCUGACACAUGUUGGUCGAGUGUGGUAUCUUCUUGCUUGCCCAUAAUGAAUGAUUGGGCGUUAGGAAUGGUAGAUGGUCAAGUACAAUGACGAGAGGGGGCCCUUGCAUGCCUUAUAUGUGGCCUGCUCGCAUGUCAUCUCUAGCGGAGGGCGGACUUCCACCCUUGGCACCCUUAUCAUUCCUCUGGAUGUUUAUGCUGCCAAGCGGCGAUACGCACAAUGGUACCCACGUUUAAGGCAUCUCCGUCAUCCUUCUCUAGUUAUCUUCCUCAGGAUAGCCUUGGAAGUUGUAACUAUUGUCGAGGGUUUGAGUCAGUAUCCAAUAAGGUGUCGCAUGGCUGGAACCAUGUUGCAUGGCACCAAGAAACUCAAGAAUCUGCCUUGGCGUCCGUCAUUAACCUACCUGUUCGUCAACUGCUGCCACAUAGAUGAUGACUAUCUACAUGAGGAACACAGCUAGAACAACGCAGCUACUUGUGCAAUCAUGCCGUGUCGACGGACUGUGAUCAUGGCGUUCGUUGUGUGGUUCGGGGUAGGGUCGAAGGCGAUCACUAGACGUCGGCCAAACACCGGGCCAAGACUGUCCAAGACCCUGAAAGCGCCAAGCGCAGCUCGAAGCCGCGGAGGUUUGCUUUUGCCAUCAAUGCCAUGGAGGCAACCCGGGGUAACGGUACACGUGCCAACCUUGUGGAGAGAUA